AUGGCAUGCAAUGAAUAAGCUAUGCAGAAAGUUAUCACUCUCCUCAACAGACCAGCUGAUAGCAACGAAUAACAGACAUAGAAUUAGCACCUUAUUUGCUAGUUUAGACUUACCACGACAAGAUAGGGAACUAUUUUUUCUCAUAUGGGCCAUAGUGAGAAGAUCAAUCAGGACAAAUAUCAAGCACCUUUAGCUACUCACAUUAUUACCAAGGUUGGAAAACAUUUGCUUCAAAUAGACUCAGGUAUUUAUGAUAAUUAGUUUUAGGGACUGCUAAUUUUUAAUCUAUUUUCAUCUACUUUAUGUUUUAAAGCUGCUUCUUAUGCGAACUAAAAUUCAUUAAAUCCUUGAUAGGUUUUUCAGUAUAUUAAGCUGUUCUUUACUGUUAGGAGAACAGCAAGUUGCUCCUUAAUGUAAUGACCAACUACCGGAAGAUUCAAAAAGCCAUAAAGGAGAACAAACCCUUACUCAAUGCAAUGAUCAGCUGCUAAAUAAGCCGAAGAAUUCUAACGGUGAACUUCCUAACGGGAAAUCUUAUGGGCUUCGUAAGAAAGCAGAAAAGGUGUUAAAAAACCGAUUAUGUUGUGUCUCAAGAAGAUAAUGGGAUCGCUUAUGAUGUUGGCAAUGAUUGGCACACGCUAAAAGAAAGCAAAGGACGCAAUUACCGCCAGUGGAACAAAGAAAUAGAAAACAAGUUGUUUGUUUCCUUUGGUAACUCUAUUAAAAAAAAGGAAAGUUUCUGGCCAGAUCAUUUUCAUCAUCAGUGUCGUCUGCGUCUUCAUCGUUGUAGACAAAUUGCAGGAUGUCGUUUACCGCAUCUUGAGCAGAUAUUUUUUGCCGUUUCAUUAUUAUAAUUUAUUACUGAAAUUGCAAUGAAUAUAUAUAAAAACAAUUAGAAAGAGUCACUGUAACAUUGGAAGAGCAUAUGCUUAAUAUUUUUGUGAAGAUUUUGUAUGUAAGAGUCGCCCGAAAAAAACAAAAAUCUUCAAAAAUUUAAUUUCUGACCGGUAAUGACAAACCGUUAAAAUUAGCAACAAUUUUUAUUUAAAUUCUUUUUUUACCAGAAACCGGUUCUAAAUAUAAAAAAAAUAAAAGUCAGGCGGUUUCACAAUGAACGGUGCCCCCCAAAAAUAAUGGCGGCUUUAUAGAAACCAUAUGUGCUGCAACAGCGCGGCAUGGUAUGAAUAGGGUUAAUUUAAGCUUUUUCUUUCUUUCUCGCGUAAUAGGCAUCGAGCAAUUGGGGAUAAAUGUUAUCCCUUCGCAUUUCCCGAGUCAUGAACCAGUCCGGAACGAACUUAAGCAGCAAAGGCGUCAUCCUAAACGCUCCAUCACACAUUUCUUGAGUCCUUAAAUAAUCCGGAACAUACAUGAGUGUCCUGGGCUCUUCUUCAACUGCCCUGAUACACAUUUCCUGAGUCUUGAAAUGGUCUGAAACAUCCGCGAGCAUAUAUGAACUCUUCUCAACCGCUGCAAUGCACAUCUCCUGGGUUAUGAACCGGUCCGGAACAUACUGGAGCAUAUGAGGUUACAGCCAAACGGCAUUGGCACAUAUUUCCUGAAUGUUUGUUCUGAAAUGGUCCGGAACAUAUUCGAGCGCCAUGGCACACAUCUCUUGGGUCUUGAAUUUGUCCGGAACAUACCCGAGCAGCCAUGGGUACUCCUGAACUCCCCAAUUGCACAUCUCUUGGGUCUUGAAAUGAUCUGGAAUGUCCUCGAGCAUAUGCGGGUACAUCCAAACGGCAUUGGCACACAUUUCCUGCGUUUUGAAAUGGUCUGGAACAUAAUGGAGUAAAUGCGGGUACUCCGCAGUUGCUUUGGUACACAUCUCUUGGGUUUUGAAUUUGUCCGGAAUAUCCUCGAGCGCUCGAGGAUAUUCUUGAACCGCCUUGAUACACAUUUCUUGGGUUUUGAAAUGGUCUGGAACAUCCUUAAGCGCUCUGGGAUAUUCUUGAACAGCCCGAGUACACAUUUCCUAGGUUUUUAAAUGGUAAUAAUGAUGUCGACUCAUGUUUAUUAUUAUUAUAUCCCGAGUUCAACUAAAAAAUUCUAGGACAGUAUUCACUUGCGCAAUCUCUAUUUUUGUUGAUGUCAGCAUUAUUCCCGUUAGUCGCUAUUACGCAUGCGUUGGAUUUUAUCGAAUUUCCCGGAAUUGUCGGAUUCGGGGAUAAUCGCUCAAUACCAAUACGAGUAAAGCCUUGACUUUUUUCAAUGAUUAAGCGACUCCAAGAAUCUUCAUCGAAGUAACUUGGUCUUGAACCGGGAUAAUCUUUGUGAUGAAGUUGCCAACUACUGAAAAUGCUUUCAUUUUUCCAAUUUUGUUCCCUGCAUGCUAGACACUCCAAAUUCAUUUGUUAGGUGCUGUAGUUUUUGUUGAUUGAAAGGGGUUGUUUAAACGCUUUAAUCUAGCCGAACCCGGUAGAGAAAUGUCAAGCUCCGAUCAAAAUUUACGGAUUUGAAAAUAAGUAUGAAAUCGAUGUAUUGCACGAACCAUGGGUAAUUCAGCGUUUAGAUGUUGCAUUGAAAUACCGCAGGCAGAUGUAGCACAGUAAUCAGCAAAAUUAAGUUGAGUUGACCAGAGACUGAAAGGGUGGCUAUUCCAUUCCGUCACUAGCGAGCUAGUACCAGAAUGAAAUUCAUAAUCAAUAAAAAUGUCUGGAAAUUUCACCUUCAACGAGGAACCUUGAGCAUCAAUAACGAUGUUCUGCACCGAAAGGUCAUCCCCUUUAAGACGUUCCAAAUAUCUCCCAUGGUUUGGUGCAUACUUUGCGUUCGGGUUGUAUGAGUAAAUAUUCAUCGUUUCUAUUCAUCGUUAAACAUGAAACAAUUGUACAUCGUUGAUAUAGAGAAACCUACGAUUUUCGAUGAUUAUCUUGACCAGGAUACGAGGAUCGCUCUAAAAUCGAUCAGUAUUCGACCUACGUGGCUAAAUAUUUACAGUAAUAAUGAUUUCACCAUUCGGAAGACGGGACCUGAUCAGCGGGUUACUCGAAUCGAGAUUAAUGAACGGUUUGUACAAGAUCGAGGAUCUUGCAGCCAUUAUAAACAAACAAGCUGAAGAAAAGGCUAAGGUUUUUGUGUUGAAAAAUGGACUCUGCAAGCUCCGUAUAAAUGAUGGAUAUGCAGUUGUGAUUCACAGGGCACUGCAAGAGCUCAUGGGCAUACCCUACGACCCUAGUAAAAAGUACUAUACGAAGGGCGACUAUAAUUCAUGGUACAAGACUGACGUUUACCAAAGAUUACGACUUGUUUGCCUUCAGUUAGAUGAGGAUGAUUGCCUACUUGAUGGGAAGAAAUCAAAAAUUCUUGCUUUGCUCCCCACUAAAGAAUUGAAUAAUUGGGGAGACAUGCUUACAUGGAAUUUCGAGACUCCGAUCUACUUCCCCUUAAAAGAGUCGACGGAUCGAUUUGAGCUCAUGCUAACGGACGAAUAUUAUCAUGACAAAAACGUUUUGUUCACAGGGAUUACGAUGCAUUUGCUCAUAGAAUAAAUGGCUGAUAUAACUAAAUUAUAUCCAAAUUUACCAAGUGUGCCAGAGGAUGUGCAUACUAUGCAGGAUGAAAGUCAGGUCUAUAGAUUAAAAAAGAUUGAGGAAAUCGAACAGUAUCUACGUAAGGAGAUCAAGGAACGGGAUGGACUUGCAAAAAAGUUCAAGAUCCAUGGCACCUGGGUUUGCUAUUGUGAUCACGGACUGCUCAGCGUAAGCGUUAUUACGUUAUUAAGCGUGCCUUAGCAACAGGAUUGGGUGCUCCUCAAUGCAUUCUAUGGUAGGAAUCACAAUAGCGAUGGGGCUUGGGCAAGCUGGCCUGAAAAAUGCUUCAAAAAGGUUAAGCGUUUAAUCACAAAAACAUGAAAGUAUUAGACUACUGGCUGAAUCAAGAUUGAAUUCUGUCGUUGAUUUUAUAUCAAAGGCAAUCGAAAAUGGGAUUAUCAGCGAUUAUGAAUUCAGCUUAAUUAUGCAAGAGAAGCAACGUUAUAUGGUGCUAAAGGAGCAAAUACGACAACGAGUUAAACGUAUCAUUAUUACCAUUAAUGAACAAGAGCGUGCUCAGUAUUGAAAAAGGAAGGCAAGAAGGAAAAGAUGAACUUCUAAAAAAAAUUCAAUCUGUACAGUAUGCCAACGGUACUUAGAUUCCCCGCCUGCCUAUAGUCUGAUAUAAGUUUUAUAGGAAAGUCUCCCUACAAAACUACAUGCGUGUUAAUCGUAACCGAUCACCUCACCAGUGUCAGUAUCAAUUUUGUAUACCUUCAUCAUGUAUGAUACGUCGCGAUUUUUUAGCGAGAUCUUGCAAAUAUUGUUUAAGAUUUUUCUCGUAUGCAAUUUUAACACAAGGUUUGCAAUAAGGGCCGUCUGUUUGCGUUAAAGCGUUCUUGUACUUAACUUUGCGGAUUGCCUCAACAAGCUCGGCCUUUUUCAUUGUAGAAAAACGAGGAACCUGCAAUGAUUUUGCUUCUUUUCGAAGUGCGUUCAUGUUUGUUUAUAUGGUUGGCUUCAACCAUAUAAACAUUUACGCGCAGGCAAGACGCGAAGCUGUAAUGUAAACUACAACUCAGUGAAGCUCUCAUCAUCAGAGUCACUAAGAUAGCAAGCGCCAUACUUAUCAAUCUCUUUGUAUUUACACUCUUUCAAGUAGGUUUGUACGUAAUAGUUGCACCCUUGUUUGUAAAUGCUCCUUAUUUUUAUGAUGGCUGUACACUCACAACCUCCCUGCGGUAUUUUUUCUUAUGGAAAUUGGUUCUAAGUUCACCCUCCCACUCCUUGAGUUUAAGGUUGAUGUAACGAUCUUUCUUCACACUGAUGUUGGUGAAGCAAUGCAUCUCCACUGUUUCCAAGACCUCCUAGUAUUUUUCUAACCAUUCAGGAUCACAAAGAUCAAACGACAUCGUGAACGCUGAAUUUUCACUGUAUUGAGAGACACCCUUAGAGUAGAUUCUUUUAGGGUUUUUAUCAAUAACGGUGAUAGGUUGCCGUCUUGGUUAUAUCCAAUCACGAAUCGUUCAUCCUUGCCUUUGUUUGCUGGAACAGAAUUACUUAGCACAAGGUUAUUAAUUUUCACAUCUUCGAUAUUUAGUGGUGUUGCGUUAGUGUAAAAUUCUUUUGACUUAACGGUUUUGUCUCCAAAUUUCAACAUCUUUUUAUUUAAGGAUUUUAAAAUCUCAACCAGCAUCUGGUCAUGAGCUUCGCUUUACAACAGACCUAAAAUAACAUGCGCAGCUGCCUCCAUUGUAUGUAAUAUAUUCUUGAUAGCAAUACCAACAUAGUAUUUUACCUUGCACCACAAGUCUCCGUCCACACUUGCAUCUAUCAUACUCGUCAAGUAUGCAUUCACAGUCAUCGCACUGUUCUUUCAUCGUUUUAUUUUAUGUAUUAUAAAUCACGGACACUCGAUCCCGAACACGAGCAAAGGGAAGGGGAUGUGCUUCUACGACUCUCGCGCACAUGUCUUGCGUCUUGAACCGAUCUGGAACAUACUCGAACAACCAAGGUUCGUCUUCAACGACUCUCAUGCACAUUUCCUGAGUCAUGAAUUGAUCCGGGACAUACUUGAACAACCAAUGAUCCUCUUCAUCGACUCUCGCGCCCAUGUCUUGCGUCUUAAAUCAAUCCGGGAUAUAAGCCAGGAGAAGGGGAUUCGCUUCCACGACUCUGGUGCAUAUGUCUUGCGUCUUGAACCGAUCUGGAACAUACUCGAACAAUCAAGGUUCGUCUUCAACGGCUCUCGUGCGCAUUUCCUAAGCCAUGAAAUCAUCUGGAACAUAUUUGAGUGCCGAGGGGUACCUUUCAACCACCCAAUUGCACAUUUCUUGCGUCUUGAGAGGCUCUGGAACAUAUUGAAACCAACUCACUUCUCUUUAUUAUAAGUGCAUUCGAACCUUGAAAACAGCGGUCGUGGCUUGAGUAGGGAAUUUCCCUUUCUACUCAAGUUGAGCACGAUGACAUGCAUGAGUGAACGAGGUCGGUGUCUUUUUACUCAUUUGAGAUAUGAUAAAUCUGUGAAGUAGUAGUAGUAGGGAGUGAUUAUAAUCAGGUUUUCGCUCCUUCCACACCUUUACCCCCAAAAACCCUGCUUUCACCAUUUCCACCACCACCUCAAUCCCAAAACAAGUAAAAAACUAAAUCAUAUGCUUAUAAUAACACAAAACAAUAUGAAUAUGCCAAUAACCAACACAUAAUAAUAUAUACCAGAAAUACAUGACGUCAUCUGCCAAUAAUCAACACAAAAUAAUAAAUACAUUAAAUACUAACAUAUAAUAAUAUAAACGAAAUCAUAUGACGUCAUACGCAAUAGCAUAUACUCAUAUUAUACAGAAUAUACACGAAGACUUUAAAAAUAAAAUGACUGAGUAUUGUGAUGAAUGUGGAAUUGAUCUCGAUAAAUAUGAUAGAUGCAAGUGUGGACGGAGGUUAAUUAUAUGCGGGAAAAUGCUGUGUUGGCAGCAUUACAUGAUGUUUAUCACGUAUAAUGGUGGAUGCUGUCCUUGUAAAAAACCUUAGUUAGAGUCUAAUUUUCAUAAAUAAACAGGAUGUUUUUUUAUGGAAAUAAUAUUGAAACAGGCGACUUCUAUAACAAUUUAACUGCAUUUAACAUCCUCGAUAUAAAGAUCGAAAACAUUGUACUUAGCGAUCCAAUACAACCCAAUAAGGGCAAGGAAGCUAGAUUUGUGAUAGGUUACAAAAAUGAUAAUAGAAUUACCGCCCUACUAAUCAGAACACCAGGGGGGGUAUAUAGCAAUAGAGCAUCCCGCUAUGAUGAUAGUUCCUCGCUUACGAUGUCAUUUAACUUACACAAUCAUCCUGAAUGGCUUGAAAGGUAUCAGAGUAUACUCACCAAGAUAGAGAAACUGUACGGUAGUGAAUUCACUACCCCACCGGUUAAAACAGGCUAUGUUAGUACCAAAGUAAAGGAAUGGAAUAGGGAGAUUAAUACUGAUUUUCAUGAUCAAUCAGUACCACUAUCAAGUAUCUAUCGGCAAGGGAAUAAGAACUAUCUGCAGGUUAUGCUAGAAGAGUGUAAGUAUAAACCAGUGCAACAAUCCAGGACACAACACCUUGAUUCAAUUGAAGAGGAACCAUUCGUUGUAGUCUAAUAAACAUGAAUGAACUUAAAAAAGAAGCUAAGCAAUUGGGCAUUCGUGGUUACUCAACCCUCAAGAAGGGUAAAAUUAUAGCCUCAAUUAACAAGAUAAAAUAUAGAGAUAUUGCAACGCAAACCGAUGGUCCAUAUUGCAAGCGUUGCUCGGAUAUCGCGGCUAUGAAAAUACUCGAUGAGUACAUAAGAGGCCUCAAAGCGAGACGGAAAAGAACAAUAAUUUAUGACGGAGAUUUCAUGGUUGACGCUAGUACAGGUGAAGUUGUGGGUGUCAUUUAAUGUUUUGUACAAAACAUUGAAAUUAUGAAUAUUCAGGUGGUGCCUCUAGGUACCGUUGGCAUAAUUCACAGACUGUAUUCUUUUAAGAAGCUCAUUUUUACCUUCUUCACGACCUUGCGCGACUAAUUGCUGCCUUUCUUGUUCAUUAAUCGUCUCCACAAUUUUUUUAGUACGCUGACGGAUUUGUUCUUUCAAUAGGAGAUAUUUUUGCUUCUCUUGCAUUAUCAGGCUAAAUUCAUAGUCACUUAUCACUCCAUUCUCAAUAGUCCUUGAUAUCAAAUCAACUAUUGAAUUCAACUUAGUCUCUGCAAGAAGUCUUAUUGAGUCGUGUUUCUUACGUUUAUAAUUCAGUUUCUUCCCACCUUGUUUUAAUGCUGUUUGUCCUAAUCCAACGGCUAUGCUGAUCCCUCCCAUCGCGACGGCUAGAGGAACUCCGAUGCCGCUGAGCAUACUAGCGAUACCUACGCCUGAUGUUUUCACGCUUAUUGCGAGUAAUCCAUGAUCCAUGUAGUGUACCCAAGUCCCAUGCAUUCCAAACUUUUUCGACAGCUUUUCACGUUGUUUAACUUUAUUUCGUAGGUAUAUUUCGAUCUCUUCGAUUUUCUUCAGCCGAUAGACCUGACUUUCGUUAUUCUCUUGCUCAGGCGCACUUGGUGGUAAGCUCGGAUGAAGCUUUGUAAUAUCUGUCAUUUAUUGUAUCAGAAUAUGCAUGGUUAUAACUACGAAUAAAACUUUCUUAUCCUCGUGAUACUCGUCAGUCAACAUGAAUUCCAACAUAUCCGUGGAUCCCUUUAAUUUAAUAUAUACAGGGUUAUCAAAACUCCAUGUAAGCAUAUCUCCCCAAUUAGUUAACUCUUUGGUCGGUAGGAUGGCAAAAAUUUUAGAUUUUCCUCCGUCAAGAAGACAACUUUCUUCAUCGAGUUGGUGGCAAGUGAGUCUAAGCCUCUGGUAUACAUCAGUCUUGUAUAAGCUAUCGUGAUCGCCUUAAGUGAACAUUGACUUAGUAUCAAAAUUAUAUCCCAUAAGAUCCGUCAAUGUUUUAUCGACUAUCGCAACAUAUCCCUUACUUAUUCUGAUUUUACAUACUCCGUUCCUGAACAAACGAAAAGUUUGAUCCUUCCUCCCGCAUGCUCGUUGACUAUAACAGCGAUAUCUUCUAUUUUAUAUAGGCCUUUCUCGAUUUUGAUGAGUGUUUCAAAAUCCCCAACGGUAAAAUCUCCAUCAUUGGUCGAUCCGGGUGUCGCUUUGUAAAUCUUUAAAUCGUUAUUCUUUUCGAAAAGAUUCAACCACGUAGGCCUGAUACUGAUGGAUUUCAAAGCGAUUCUCGUGUCCUUCCCUAGGUAGUCCUCAAAUAUCGUAGGCUUCUCUCUAUUUGUGACAUAUACUUGCUUCAUCUUUUCUUACUUUAAAGAAAAGAUGAAUAUUUAUAGCUAUAAUCCUACAGCAAAGUACAAGUCUAACAGAGGCUCGUGGCCUCUCGGUAUAACUAACUUGGAGCAUCAGGAGUUAUACGUGUCUAGGACUCAACACAUUUCCGUAGCCUUUCCGCAAUUUACCAAAUACCCCAUCAAAGUCCCCACUAACCUGUUGAACGAUCCUGUAAAUCUAAAUUGGAAAGGGCGAGCCUUGGACUAUUGGAACAUCCAGGUGAAUGUUGCUUGCCAUUGCGCGACAACGGCGUUGGGGAUCUCUGCCAAGCAUAUGAGUGGCUCCGUACCCAUCGUUAACUCAAUCUUUAAAUUUCACGUAUAUUACUACAUGAGACGUAUCCUAGCGAGAAUGAAGGUAUCUAUGCCAUACGAAGGAGACUUUUCCCAGUACGAGAACUCCUAUUCCACCUCGGGAUAUACUCGAGUAUGUCGUGAGUAUGGUGCGAAUCCAAACGACUUGUACAAGUUCAAAGCUCUGGUGUCGUCACUCACCAACGGCCGUUGGUGGCCGCAGGUUGAUGGGGAUUGGGCCAAGUUAUUCAUCCCCACUAGCCAGGGUCUGACAUCGGAGGGCCUGACAAAAUUGAGCGAAAGUAUACGCGUUUACGUAAUCUUGCUACUAGGAUCCCAAGCGACUUCCAAGGCCUCAAUCCUAGGCUCUAAAGCCGAUAACUUCACGGCUAGACAGAUCCUCCUGCAAAAGUUCGAGGCCAUGGUUCAACGUGACGAGAACGUAGGUCAAGACAUCACUGAGUUUCAAAAGGUGCUCCAGUAUGCACGGACUCCAGUAAACUUCGCCGUGAUGUCCAGCGUGUAUAUGCUUCCCUCCAACAUGGACCUCCGCAUUGGAAAGAUUGUGGGAUAUAACAGCAACAUUCUAAUCGCGCCCUCUGACAUAGGUGUCGGUGUGAAACUAGACCUGAAUACCAAAGCUGUCAAGCAUGAGGCAUCCUUCACAACACCUCCUAGGCAACAUAUCAAGAAAACCACGCCUGAUACCAAGGAAGCUGCUGUUCAUGAGGAAGCUAAGGGCAUCGUUAUCACCGUGGGAGUAUAUAUAUAUAUGGAUGAAGAAAUAGGUCUAAUGUGUUUUAUCAACAUACUUCAUCGAUUCUUAUUCCUCCUUUUACUCACAUAAGCCACCACGAUACCUACAGCACCUGCUAUGGCCAUGUACAGAUGUCUCGCCAUAAAUUCCACGACUUUAGCGGCUACCCGGAAGAAGAAUGAUACGAUCGUACCAAUUAUCCCCGGCAGAGCAGCACCUGCCUUCCCUGCUAGAUAUUUAAGGAAUUUUUCCAAUCUCUCCAGCUGUUUUUGAACAAACCCUUUGCUACCACCACUUCCUCCUGUACUUCCUACGGUGCUUGUGCUUCCUCCAGUGACAGCGAGCACGAUCGUGGAUAUUAAUAAGCCCACAGCUGAGAAAAUGUUGGCAAUUGUUAUACCCUGCUCUUUGAACAAAAUGGUCAAUUUCUCCCGCAAGGAUGUAUCAUCUCCGCGAUUUUAAACAAUGUCUCUUUGAUGUGUAGCAGCUGGCUCUGAGUGUCGGAUCAUAGUAAACCAUGCGCUUUUGCCGUUGCCUCCUUUUGAUCACGUAGUCGUUCCAAGUCUUCAUUGGCCUUGGCUAUAUCCCUGUCCCAGAUAGCUAGCUGUUCUGCGGAUGCCCCGGGUGUGGUCUUCUUACUCUCGAGCUCUUUCGCCUUGGCUUCUGCUUUGUCAAUCUCACUGUCGUAGAAGACCAUCUUGCCCUUUAAGUGCGUGAAGUUACCACGUAACGUUUGAAGCUCGCGGUUUAACCCUCUUCUUUCACGCUCUGUGAUAUCCCCGCCAAAGGAAAUAUCCGUGUCAUCGAGCACGUUUUCGAGUAGCGGCAGCAUCUCGAUGUCAUUAGCCUUUUCAUUGACAUUAUCCAAUUCGUUAACUAGUUGCUGAGCCAUUGCUUUGCCUUUGUUUGGUGUUGUGGCAUUGGUAAACCCUAUGGCCUUACGCCCAACACCGUCUGUAUCACGCCAACAGUUUUAAAUGUACCAUCCUUAUUUGUAAGCGCUAUGUCCUUGUCUAUACCUUUGUAGAUGAGCUGAUUACUUUGUAGUUCGAACCUGUCGUAAUGCUUAGCGUUAUGCUGCUGCUCCCGCCCAUCACUUAGGUGUUUGUGAGUCGACCUUUUCUUUGACCACCUGCCACCUAUGAUCCUCUAGGCUAUCGCCUGUAACUGCACUACCAGCCACUGACUGCUCUUCUGUAGCGGAGCUGGGCCCCUGAGUAUCCUCGCGUCGAAGGAUCUCACUCUCGCUACUCGUCUGGAAUAUCCUUCUCAUCCGUAAAAUCAUCAUAUCCCGGAUUAUCAGCCAUUUAUUUCAAUCACCAGCCUACCUAAAUAAAUGAAUGUUUUUGGAAGACUAAACCCUUAUCAGGAAGUCAAGACUAUACUCGCUGUCAAAGGCAAAAGGCAGCGGGUUAAAGUGAGUCAUGUACCGUCCACGAUUGGCCAGAAUGAGGAUCUCUAUGUGGAAAUACCAAACAUGGGUCGAGACGAUGUUAUACUUCCUGGGAGUAUCCGGCUACUCUUUGAUAUGGAGCUGACCGGCACGAAUACCAAGUGUACUAUUGUUAGCAACAUCGGAAAAGCCCUUGUGAGGGACCUUCGUAUUACGCUGAAUGGGAAUGAGGUCCAGCAUAUUGCGGAUUAUAAUGUAUUCAGUGUCUACCGUGAUCUCUGGAUUUCGAAAUUUAAUAGGGAGAACAAUCUGAUUUUGGAAGGAAUCAAUCCAAUCGCGGUUUACAGAUAAAAGCGUCUGACCAUGUAGGAACAAAUGAGGAGCGUGCUAUAGCCGCGGCGUACGAAAACACCUUUUGUAUUCCGUUGGGGAAAAUGUUCGAGUCGACAGGAGAUCUCCCGCUUUAUCAACAUGGACUCCACGAUAGGCUACAGUUCGUUCUACAUUUCGCUUCAUACGAUCAAGUCAUUAAGGAUGCCGGUACACCAGCGUCUGGAUCCACAGCAGCCAAAGCAGCUGACGCUACAUACAAAAUCUCUAACAUUUCGCUCGAGUUUGAAAAAUUAGUAAAUGAGGAUCUGGCGAGCGCUAUGAUGUCGCGAUACAGCCGCCUCGCCCUACCAUACGAACGAGUAUUGGGGAGUAAAGUGGUGACUAUGAAGAAAAGUGAUACAUCCUACAAUCUCCAAGUCGAUACCCCUGCUAAAUCCUUGGUGGGUAUAUUACUACUAUUCGUCGAUCCUGGAGUAUCCAAGGCUUAUGCGGGUGUCAAUGAGCAAUUCUAGAAUCCCAAGAUCGAGAAGAUUUCUGUCACGGUGAAAGGUGAGCCCAAUGAGCUCUAUUCACAUGCAAUUUUUCACCGAGCGCUAUGCGCUAUUCAUUGAUUUCAGAGCAACACCUGAUCGGGGCCUACAUGGUAGUGGGCGGCCUCUGCAAAGGUUAUCGGACGGUAUAACCCUGCACAUGACAAAAAAGCGGAUGGUAAUGGAGAUAUUAGGUGCUACGUCUUCCUUAUCCAAGACGCGCAAUUAAACAUCCUGGAUGGCAGGUUCCACAGUGUAGACUAUUAAGGGAUCAAAAUUUGAUUUUGUAGACCCAAGGCCUACAAAAUAAAUGGCAACUGUAGCAGCUCUUGCUGGAGGAGCGCUGAUCAAUGCUUUGGCUUUCAGUGGGUCAAAUUAUAUCUUCAUUAAAUUGUCAGGGCAUGGUGAGGAAGAGCGCAAAAGACACGAUAAAGCUAUCGAACAACUUCAAACUGCACAAGCUCAGUGGGUGCGCAAUAGACAGGAAAAGAUCGAUUGGUACAAUAAGAGAAGGGAGGAACAAAGGCAAGCUGGGAAGAGUCUCAAGGAGCUCGACGAAAAUAUGAGACAGUACCAUAUCGCGACGAUCGAAAAAGCUCCCAAACUCUCCAAUUUUUACACGCCGAGCAAACAGCAACAAGAUGGUGAAAUAUCCUUUAUUCUCGGGUCCCUAGCUCUCCUCGGCUUCGUGGCGUACAAAUGGCUGUAAUUGUUUUCGAUAUGUAAUAAACAUGUCGAAAGCAAAGCAUAUUGUUACAACCGAUGAGGCUGAAAAACUAAUUCAUAUAUAUUACCAAACCGAACAUCUCUGGACUGGACGAAAAGCCAUUAAAAUACUUGUUGAAAACUCUGGUUUUUCCAAAAAGAAAGUCAUACAUUGGCUUAGUCGUCAGUUGCUCUGGCUUAGGCAUAUCAAAGGCCCGAAAAAGAUCAACUACCCACAUUUCACCGUUACGAAACCCAACGAAAUGCAUCAAUUCGAUUUGCUCUAUAUGCCCCAUGAUACAGUGUAUGGAAAUACAUACAAAUACAUUUUGACGGGUAUUGACGUUGCCUCGAGGUAUAAGGUCGCGAGGCCCCUCAGAACCAAAAAGGCUUAUGAGAUCGCGGAGAUGCUCAAGGACAUAUACAAAGCGGGACCUCUCCGAUACACAAAGAUUUUUCAACGUGACCAAGGUAGCGAAUUCAAAUCAGAUGUGAAUACCAUGUUAGAAGCCAAAGGUGUUGAGAUAAAGCGUGUUACUACUAAGUAUCACCACGCGUUCACGGCGUUCGUGGAAAGCUACAACAAAGUGUUUGCCGAAAAGCUAUUUAAGCCUCAAGACGCGCAGGAGCUGGUCAGUGGCGAACAGAGUAGUACAUGGGUCAAGCACUUGUACAAUAUUGUGGAAAGCAUAAACAAUACUAAAACUACCAUGAUUGGUAUGAAGCCAAGCAAGGCCAUUAAGCUUGAUGACGUACACUUGCGAAAAAUGAGAAGCACACGGAGGAAAAGAUUCUACCUGAAGACGGGCUCUAUUUGUACUUGCUACAACCUGGGGGAGAACAUGGGGAUCAAAAAAGACGCGCCACUGACGCCCGGUGGAGCAAGAAAACGUACAGGCUGGAUCGUAUCGUGACAGGUACGAGGUUGUUAUACUAUUUGGCAGAUGGACCUGAUCGAUCUUUCGUAUCAGAGGAAUUAAUGCUAAUACCAGAGGAUGUAGAACUACCUCCCGAGCAUGUGAAAGAUUGGUAAUAUUUCUCGAUUUUGUGUGUUCAUAACACACAAAACCACGCGUCUCUAAUCUUCUAAUGCCGGAUCACCCAGGUCAUAGAGAUUGUCUCGAGUAAGAUCAAUGAGCCUGAAGUGACAUAUAUAGCGCUCCAUAUGUUCUUCCUCUUCGAACCGAUUAAAUGCAUGCAUGACCUAUCUCCUCAGACUCAGGAUAUUGAGCCCUGAUCCAUCGUCUUUUCUUUAAAAUACCACGUCUUUGAACGCGUGCGCAGUAAUACAGAAGAUGGUGUUACUUAUCGUCUUCCGGUGUUGUAUGUUUGCAAAAAAUCAUAAUUACAUUAUCCUUGCCCGCAUCAUUGGCAUGUGGCACGUAUCUCUGACGGAGGCCCGCAAUUUCUAAUGUUCUUAGGUCGAGUUGGUUCUUCCUUUCCUGGAGGUCAUCGUUAAGCAUCGCCAUAGCCAUAUCCCUCUCCUUGAUGGUUUCCUCUAAUUUUGAAAUACCCUUUAGCGCUAUCCAUUUCAUGACCUCAAAUGCCUUUGGUUUUCUUGAACGCGCAAAAAUCUCAAGAGCAGCAUCCAAUGUUAUGAAAACAUCAUGAGGAUUUUUAGUUUUUCCAAGGGGUUGAAACCAACCCUAUUUCAUUACGUGAAAUGAUUGGAAUAUCUCGAUACGACUCUGCAAUAUUAGCAAUCCCCAAAAUCUCCACAGAUCAGCACUUUAAACAUGGGUUUACCUUGAUCAUCGAAUAGAAUUUUAAUAGCUCCAGCAGGUAAUGUGGUGUUAAAUAAGGUAAGUGACAUUUUAUUUUAAAUAAUGGUUCCAACCAGGGUCCAGAUCAUUAGGACGGUUGACAUUAAUAUAGCAAAAUGAUUAAUAUUCCUGUGGAUCCUUUCUCUCUCCAGAACAUCUCUUAGCUCUUCGUCAGGAGCCUCUAAUUGAGAUUCAAGGUAGGGUAUUCUGUCCAUCUCCUCAUGACAGGCUUUCAGCUGAUUUUCUAAGGUUCUGAUGUAUGACAUGUUUAUUUAUUCCAAUAUACUCCAAUUUCUAGGGUGCUCGA